CACUUCCUUUCUUUGUGGUUGCUAUAAACUGAGCAGGGAAGCUUACUUGCAACGGGCUUUUUGUUGGAGGAACGUCUUCUUGUUCACCCAGGAUUACAGUCUAGAAGGACAUGGCUCAGCGCUACCUGUGGAUCUUGCUCCUUUGCCUGCAAACCUGUCUGGAAGCAGACGGAAGUGACACAGACGUCAUCACGCUGAUUGGGAUACUGGGGGAGUUGGUCACUUUCCCCUUAAAUAUCAAAAAAUCACAGCAAGUUGUCAACAUCGUUUGGAACUCUGAGACAUCUGUUGCUUUCAUAACGCCAGGAGAUGCAGGAGCAGCACCCAAAGUUACUGUGACCCACCAAAAUUAUAAUGACCGAAUAAAUGUCUCCUGUCAGAACUACAACCUGGAGAUCAGUAAUCUGAGGAUGGAAGAUUCUGGCAUCUACAAAGCCGACAUAAAUACAAAGACCGUUGAAGGGGUGGUCGCCACCACCACCAGGCGCUUCAACCUUCAGGUCUUCCGUCGGCUUGGGAAGCCACAAAUCACACAGAGUUUAAUGACGUCUAUGAACAGCACCUGCUAUGUCACCUUGACGUGCUCCGUGGAGAAAGAAGAAGAGAACGUCACAUACAGUUGGAGUCCUCUGGGGGAGAAGGGGAAUGUAAUUCGGAUCUCCCGGACCCCCGACAGCCAGGAGCUGACUUACACGUGCACAGCCCAGAACCCCAUCAGCAACAGCUCGGACUCCAUCUCUGCCCAGCAGCUCUGUGCAGACACUGCAACAGGCCUCCGUUCUCGCCACACCAGGCUGCUGAGUGGGCUGGCCGGGCUCUUUCUGUCUAUACUCAUCGUGACUUUGGUGCUUUUGUUCCUUUUGCGCAAACGAGGAGAAGGUUCCUUCUUGAAGCCCUUCAGUAAGAACUCUGAUGCCGCCUCGAAGAAAACAAUAUACACCUACGUCAUGGUGACCAGAGCUGCCCCCCCAGCAGAGGGCAGAAUCUACGAUGAAAUCCCCCUGUCUAAGGAGCUCCCUGCCAAGGAGGACCCAGCGAACAGGGUUUACGCCACAUUGCAGAUGGAUAAGAUGGGGAAAACCAGCACUCAGGACGGCAAACCUCCUGGGAUUUCAGCCUAUGACAAUGUGGUCUAGGCUCCUGGGCAGCCUUCUCCCUGUGGACAGAGCUUCAGCCACCAUCGAUAGCCCAGCAGAUGCCCCGGACCCAGACUUUUCUCUGCGCAUGUCUUACAUGGAGACUGAAGCCAUCACACCCGAUAGGUGACUUUUUGUGAUUGGAGGUGAUGACCCUUCCCAGCAACCCCCUAUGUAAGAAGGAUUAAUACUUUGCACACCUGUGCUCCGUGGUGGUACACCACCUGAGAUGCUCUUACCACACUUGGUGUCUGCGAGGAGCCCUGAUGCAGAGCCUCCAAAUUCUACACAGCCCCAGCGACAAAUGAGACAAAAGCACCUUUCCCUGAGGCAGAAGCAGCCCCUCCCAAGCACAUGGCUCGACGAAUAGAGUGUGGGCUGCAUUUCAGCCUCUCUGUGCCCCUUUGCCCAGGAACUUUUGUGCAGGGGACAGCUGGCUGGACCGGCCCACCCAUGCAUGAUAGGGUCACAUGGGAAGCCAUUGGUGGUGUGGCUCUCAGCUGUGCAGACACACUCUCCAAAUGGAGCGUUGGAAAAUGCUCUUUCCGUAGGGACUAGACAGCUGGGGCAUUUUUCUUUAGGCUCUACUUCAGAGGCCUCAUAAGAUUCUCAUAGAGAAUCAUGGACUUCACGCUCUGGUUAGAUGUCUGUGCCCCUCCUACCUAGCACUAAGGAGGAAUCGCCCACGGCUGAGCAGAACUUUCAAGUGAUCAUAUGAAGAACAGUUCCCGUAUGUGUGAGCACCCACGGCCAGCUAAAUCCCAAAUCCCCAUCAACGAUCCCAGGCUGGGCAGCAGAAAUGAGCUGCAUGUAGGCAGAAGGGAGGUGUUAGUCCCAGUGAAUGGAUCCAUAGCACCGUCUAGCCCUGAACACCAUUAGCCCUAUGUUGGGGGCUGCAAGACCCCCCAAAGUAUCAGAUGAGCAAAAUGUCCGCUCUGGUCUAGCUGCUCUGUGCAAGGCAAGCAUGGGCACUCAUGUUAAAUGCUGAAUUACAUGUUUCAGGGAGUGGCGGGAGCUAGCAAAAUCAGGGAAGGCUUCCUGAAGGAGGUGGGUCUUGGAGGGUUGGAGGCGGGUUGAAACUGGCCUCUAGAGGAAGAGUAGGAUUUGGCCAAGAAUGAAAUCUAGGUGGCAUCCCACUGAGGAAAGCCCAAGAAAGAAGCGGAGGCUGGAUCUGUGUGAUGUGCUCUGGGCACUGCCCAGAUGCACGGACCAUGCUCACCGUCCCUUGUCUAUGACGGCAGAGCACCUCUGUUUCGGUGUGUGCCCACAGCCCCAGCCCUUUGCACACACAUCAAUGCUCAGCUCAAAUGUCAUCUCCUCUGUGAAGCAUCAUGGGUCUCAUGGGUCAAAUUAAUUAUGGCUUUUUUGCCCUCCUUUCCCCCCCUUUGUCCUUAUAUCACUGCAACUCAUUUCCUUCUGCCUCACAGUAUAGACACUAUUUGCAUCCCUCCACACUGUGCAUACUGAAGGGCAAGGUCCGUGACUUCAAACCCAUCGAGACUGACCCUGAAUGAUGAGAAUUUUGUUCCCCUGUGCACCCACCACCAGCCAACGUUGUGCCCUGCACCAGGCUUGUGAGCAAUAAAUUCUUUGAAUAGAAUUGAAAAUGACCAGCCAGCUCAAACAGAAGGUCUAUGUUUCAAGCGCUGAUAGACAGAAGCAUAGUGGAAUCCCGUUAUGGCAAGCCUUCAGUGUCAGAAUGCAGACAUCAGUGUAAGGACACUUUGGAGGGAAAAGACUUUCAGAGUUAGACCAGUGGAGACAUCGCCGGAAGCAAUGAACCAGCUGUGAGUGAAAGGCAUUCACCCAGGGAGGAACAUGAGGGAGGAAACAAAGAGACACAUCAUAAGGAUGGAAAGCUCCAAAGGGACACUGAACAGGCUGGGUUUCCCCUUAAAAGCAUGGCUCCUCACCUUUGUGUGAGCUGAGGGACCACUCCUGAACAUGGUCCUUCUCUAGCCUGCCACUCCUUCCUGGUGCGCUCACCCAGUUAGAUUGCUAGUUUCCUACAGCCCCGAUGGCAAGUGGGGGAGAAGGAAUAGAACCAGAAGCAAGUGUUCCUUGGGUCUUGCAGGAGAACAAACCUGGAAGGGAACCAGUGCCCCGGAAUUCUUCAUGUGGCCUUUGGGACUUGGGACUACUGAGCUCCCAACUCUCACUUUCUUUCUUCCCUAGUCUUCUGAUUUAUGAAGAUAUAAGCUACUCACCCCAUCCCCUAAGGGCUUGGUUCUCAGAUUCUCCUUCUGCAAAAUGGGUGUGAUCUUAUGGACCACACCAAGAUGGGCCAGUUUUUCCGAAGGUUCAUUAAAAUUGCAAUCUCGGGGGCAGGGCCCUCUAGUGGCAAGCUCCGGUAAGGCAGCACAAGCCCGGCACCUGCGGGUGCCCAUGAGCUUUCCGCAGAGAACAGGGAACAGAGAACUGGAGGAUCCGUGCAGCAAAUGCCUCUCAGAAAAAGAAAGUGAAGCUGAUUUCAAAUGUGAUGCUUUUUAAAAAGCUAUGGAACGCUCUAAACUGCACAGCCCACAAGAGAGGAGCUUGUCUGGGCCACUCUGGAAA